GCAGGAAUGUGUCCAUGGCGUGCAUCAGUAAUUUAUACAGGCAGUGUGUAUACUCACAAUUCUCACACGUACACCACAUCGACUGGCAGAAACAGAAACAGAAACGGAAACGGAAACAUCUACACGUGCCACCCAUGUGAUUGAUAUGCAUCCUUCGACCAAUCGAGUUAACGUGACUGACAUAUAAGGACAUGAGCACCGCUCAGCUAGCUGACGCCACCGCCCCGCCCCGCCCCGCACAUCCCUUCUUGCUCUCCUGCUUCCCCUCCUUGCCCUGCUCCAGCACAACAGUCGUCGGCCUCCUCACCUUCUUGUGCCGGACCUUCACCACCUUCACUGAUGCCGUCUGUCUUCCUUUGUGGCACCCCCUUGCUGCACGCUACCGCCCAGUCACGACACUCCAGCCACUUGAGCAGUAUCUCCAGCACUUAACACACUCACUCACACAGAAACAAAGACAGGCGGUGUGUAGUGCGGUGUGGUGUGGUGCGGUGUGGUGUGUGUGUGCGUACCUACCGUGGUUGGCGGCGAGCACUUUCGAUGAGGUCAUUCUGAUGUUGCUGUCGAGGGGCAGGCGAGCGGCGGCGAUGCCCUGCUCAGUGGCCUUGUUGAGGGUGAGGUUCUUGUACCGAUUGCGGUCAACUAUGCCGCCUAUUAUGUACGCCUUGCUGCACCGGGGGAUGCACCAGCCAGACAGAGGGAGAAUUGGGGGAUAAGGUGCCAACGCGUGAAUGCACUGCCUCAUGGAUCAGAUCGUCAGUCACCUGUUGUCGAGCUCGUCGAUCACCAUUGGGCUGUCGGCCGUCAGAUACACCAGCCUGACACACACAGACCGAACGCCCACACUGUCGUGUGUCUGUCGUGUGUGUGUGUGUGUGUGUGUGUCUGUCGUGUGUGUGGAUUGCUCGUCGCACACCUUUCCUUCUCGAUGUGCUCGAUGUACGGCUUGCUGAUGGUCUCCACCUGCAGGCAGGCAGGCACGGACAGACAGACUGGCAUGGCCAAGGAUGGCACGAAGUCAUCUAGGUGUGUGUCAAACAGCUAGCUCACCGCGGGCCAUGUGGCGAAUCCACUGAUCUUGUUGAAGUGCGUGGUGUAGCGGCUGCCUUCCCUGAUGCCGCUGAUGAGGAUGCGCACAGGCUGCUGGGCUCGACGAUUCGCGCCGUAUGAGAAGAAGAUCUGCUGGGCCAAACUGGACACCUCCUGUGGACACACACACACGCACACACACAUGAUCCGUUUCGUUACACACGUGCAUAUGCCACACGGUACGGUGGCUGUGUCUGUCUGCUCACUCACCCUGUCAGUUUGCAGGUGCUCGAAUUCGCAAUCGAUGACCACAGUGGGCGCAUCGGCGCACUUUGCCACAAACUCUGAGCGAAAAGAGAGAGGCCACCCACCAGCGCGUCCUUUGUGGUCCCGUGUGUUCGUGUGUCAUCACAGAAGUGAAGUGUCCACGUCCGUACGGCAGGUACCUUCGUUCAUGCGCCGCUUCCUCUCUGACGGCUCACGACUGGCAGAAGAGUUUUCCUGUGGCGCAAUGCUCGGCUGUGGCUCCCCAUCAUCGACAGCUGCGGCAGCCCCAUCAUCGACAGUCUGCGGCUGUUUGUUCUUCCGCCUCUUGGCCUUCCUAUCGAUUUUCCUUUGGGUUUUCCUCUGCAGAUAGCGCUCGUGUUUUCGCUUCUUCUUCUGCUGACUCUUGCUCAGAACAGGCCCUCCUGACGCACCGGAUGCAUCGUACGCUGAACCAAGCUGGUCACCUUCAGGCUGACAACCAUCGCCCUGGGCCUCCUCUGAUCCAAAAUCUGCGUCUUCGCCAGCCUCAAUAUGCGCCAUUUUGAUGAGUCGUGC